AUGAAUACCGCUUCUCAAUUUCAGCAGAAGCUACAAGCGCAACAGCAACCACAGCAACAGUUUCAAUCCCCUUAUAUGUAUCAACAACAACAACAACCUUUUGCAUCUUUGCAAGAUGGUUUUAUUCAACGUCAGCAUCAAAGUCAAUCUCAAUCGGAGGGUUUGAAUCCAUCAAGCUUUUUGACUCAAACCCUAUAUCAAGGUGGUUACAGACCUUCUAAUCAAUCAGGCCAGCAAACUCAACUUCAGAGCCUCCACCAGCAACUUCAACAGUUACAACAACCGGAAACCCCGCAACAACAACAGCAACAGCUGUUUGUCUUGCAAGGUCAUCAACAUCAGUUCCAACAAACUCAGCCUCAGCUUUCGAGUGGGCAAAUGGUUUCUCAAACCCAGCUCAACCCUAUUCAUGUUGAUGCAUCCGUAUCAAGUCAAAUUCACUGGCAACAUCAGAUGCAGCUGGCGGUCGUUGCGAAGAACUCCAACCUGCCUCAUUUCUACGCUCGUCAAGCUGCAUCGUCGUCGAGGAGACUUACAAGUAAUCCGGAGAUGUCGAGUAAACAGGGAACUUCGCUUGUGGAUAUAACGAAGUCCCUGUUGGCAAGCGUGCAGGAAAGCCAGCAAAGCCAAGAUCAACAGCAAGCUAAUGAAGGUUUGAUGCAACAUAAAAAGAUGAGCAACGACACUUCGAUUGACGAAGAAGAAGAAGAUCAACGCAUAAGAAUUAAAGAAAACAACACACAACUUUGGACUGCGUUGGAUCUCAGUUGUCAAAUGAUAACAACUAUUUCACCUAAGUUAUUCCAUUACGGUUUCCUUAGAAGGUUAUAUCUCAAUGGAAACAACCUGAGAAAAGUACCAGAGGCAAUUUUACAGCUGAAAUCUCUACGCGUGCUUGAUCUGUCGUUUAACAUGUUAAGGGAGCUCCCAGGCGAACUGGGAAUGCUUUUCAACCUAAAAUAUUUAUAUCUUUUUGGAAACGAUUUGAAGGAAGUCCCAUAUCAAUUUGGAAAUUUGUACCAACUUGAAUUUUUGGGGGUGGAAGGAAACAAAGACUUCAACCAAGAAUUUGUUAAUAUUAUUGCAAAGAAGGGAACUCGUGGCUUAAUAAUUCACUUAAGGGAUGAGGCUCCACGUUUACCUCCUCCUGAACCGCGCAAAUGGAUAGAAAUUGGAGAUGAUGGAGAACCUAAUCUAAACCCCGAUGAGCAAAAACCGGCCAUUGAAUGUGAUCUUUCUUCUCCAGGUUCUAAUUCGUUUACCUUAAUGAGCUACAACACGUUAUGUCAACACUAUGCCACACCAAAAUUCUUCAUGUACACCCCAUCGUGGGCGCUCGCUUGGGAAUACAGAAGGCAGAAACUUACGGAAGAAAUACUUUCGUACAAAACAAACAUUAUCUGUCUUCAGGAAGUCGAAACCAAAACAUACGAAGAAUAUUGGGUUCCAUUAAUGGAAAGUCAUGGUUACAAGUCUGUCUUUCAUUGCAAAAGUAGAGCGAGAACCAUGAAUGAUAAGAAUGCAAAGAAGGUAGAUGGUUGUGCUACAUUUUUCCAAACUUCAAUGUUUGAGUUGAUCGACAAAAAAAUUAUCGAAUAUGGAAGAGUUGUAAUGACCCAAGACAAAUAUAAAAAGACUGAAGAUAUAUUCAAUAGGUUCAUGAACAAGGAUAACAUAGCUUCCAUCUCGAUAUUGCAUCACAUACCCACUGGAAAUAAAAUUGUACUGGCAAACACACAUUUACAUUGGGAUCCAGAAUUUAAUGAUGUGAAAACGAUGCAAGUUGCAGUUCUUUUGGAGGAACUGCGUGUUCUUCUCCUAAAAUAUACGAAUAGCAAAGACGAGUUGAAUAAGAUUCCUUUGCUAAUAUGUGGUGAUUUCAACUCCCAGACAGACUCUGCUGUUUAUCAAUUAUUCUCUCAAGGUUCAGUCAAAGAGCAUUAUGAUAUUAAAGGGAGAGAUUAUGGAAAAUUCACCUCUGAAGGAUGUACGCAUCCCUUCCAUUUGAAGUCUGCUUAUGGAGCAAUUAACGAGCUUCCAUUUACAAAUUUCAGUCCUACCUACACAAAUGUCAUAGAAUACAUAUGGUACUCGACGGGAACAUUGUCUGUUAGAGGUUUACUCGGAGAAAUGGAUCCCAACUAUGCUAAAAGGGUCAUUGGACUACCGAGUGCAGAUUUUGUUUCCGAUCACUUACCAUUGAUAUCCAAGUUCGAGUUCAAGAAAUCGUCCUCAGCGAAGAAAGUUAAGGUUGAUUUCCGAGAUGGCAGUUCCUCGAGAAAGACUUGA